AUGGUUCCUGCGCUGGACAUGGACAUCCACUCUCCACCUUCCUCUCUGCAGAUGACAUCCGUGGGCAUCCUCACCCUCAGAAACCUGGAGAGAGGAAAGAGCAUUAAAACUACCUCGUCAUACAUUAAAAAGGAAAUUGGAUUGCAUACAAGUACUUUAACGAGUUUCCUUCGUAGUGCGGUGAGUAUAAGUGAGCGAAGCAACAUCAGUGACCAGAAGCGGCUCCGGUUACACAUAAACCACCAGCCUCGGAAGGUCAAAGGUGAUGGGAAACGGGAACCAGCGGCGAGUCAGGCGGUCGCCGGCUUCGGCGCCAGCUCCCACCGCCACGUCCGUCCACGGCCAGCUCGGCACCUGCCCGGCGCUGCUCGGCGGCCCGGCGCCAGGCCCCGCCCCGCCCUCCGAGGCUGCGAUUGGAGGAGGCCGGGGGGCCCGCGGCGUGGGCGGGGCGCAAGGGGCCGCUGGCUGCCCGCGUCUAGGUGCAGGAAUGCCGACUCCGCGCUCGGCGACCUUGGCUGCGCAGGCGGCCCUGCGGCGCGGCGCCCGCCCCCUGCUGCGCAGGCUGCUGCAGGUGAGCUGGGAGGGUGCGCGUUCCCGCCUGCGACCCUCCGGGCCUGCAGGAUAGGCCUCGGGGAAGCCGGCCGGCCCUGGCCUCUGCCGCCGAGGCCCGUCCGCGCCGUGCCGGUCACUGCCGGCCCCUCGGGCCGCAGGAAGGCCCGAGAUCGGCCCCUGGCCUCCUGCGGGGACUGCGCGGACGCGCCUGUCCCAGCGCCGGGAGACUGCUUGCCAGCUUUUUCAACACCUGGUACCAAGCACUGCUGUCUGUCAAGAAAUCUGUUUUCCUGUCCUCUUUGGGCCUGCGAGGCGGAGGCACUGCGUGAUGAUGAAAGGAUGCGCCUGCCCUGGAGCAGCUUCGAACUCAGCAGACAAGAGGAAGGAAGCCCACAGAAGUUAUGCGACCUGCCAAGAUCACAAUCUCCGUUGUUCUGUCUCUUGAAAGGAGCACCGACCGGGCCCACAGGAGUCCUGUCCAGCCUCUGCCAGAAAAGCGCUGCAGCGCCCCGGCAGUCAGACCUUCACCCGGGUCUUGUGACAUCAGAUCCAGCCUAGAGCACAGAAAGGCAACUCCACCGCGCUCAUUGGAGAGAAAAUCAAUAAAAAAACAGAAAAGGAGGAAUGUAAGGAAAAAGAAGCACAAGAGAAGAAAAUAAAAACCACUCUAACAGAUUAUUAAAUGAAUGGCUUUAUAGCCCUACUACGAAGUGCUGGUAUUUCCUAGAGCAGAAAUACUGGUCCUAGCAGCAAGCUGGCAGCCAGAGACAGCUUUCGCUUGGGCCCUGGUGAGCUGCCAGGGUGGGAGCCUCCCAGCCGAAGGAGAGGUGGGGGCAUCCCCGGCUCCCCCAGGCUGCGGCUCCCUUGCGGGGGCCCCGAGCAACAGCCUCUGCAGGUACCUGCAUAUGUGUCCACGAGCCUCGGGUCUUCCACCUACAGAAUAAAACUCGGGAUGUGACUGUGAUUUCACCCUCCCAGCACAACUCAGGGCUUUUCAGCUAGUUUGUCAGUGAUUCUGGUUUGUCCAUAUGACAGAAGAGACUAAGGAGGGGAACUGUUAGACAGGAAAACAGAUGUGAGUGGGGUGCAAAGAGAAUAAGACCUUAAAGCCCUCUAGAAGGGACUCUGAUGUUAACCAGUUAAAACUAGAGAGCCAGGAAAGACUCAGAGUUAAUGAGAGAUCAGUGAAAGCUCAAAAGGCCUGGAGCAACUCGGCCUGGAAUGUUUGAAUAUUCCCCAGGUAAGGAGAAGUAUCUCAGCAGAGCCCUUGUCUUCACUGUGUCAGUUAGAUCAUGCCAUCGUACAAUUUACCUUAGCCUGUUAAAGGCCCAGCUAUAAACAGCAUAAUAAAGACAGGAAAAACUUCAUCUUAAAGCUAAAAUUGCAUUUUAAAACCCAAGAAGUAAAGAAGAUCCUUACCACACUCUUUAGCACACAGACAGUAACUCUGCCCACCCUGGAGGAAGGGCAGGCGGUCUUAACUGAUAAGCUCCCAGACCAGGACGCCGCUAUCCUGGGAGGGAAUCAGAAAGUAAAUUUUUUGUGUUAAGCUAAUUUUGCAGAAUUACCUGGAGGACUGAUAAGAAACUUAAUGUCUCAUCAAAGAUAAACAUCUUAAGACCAUUUAAUAAGUCCACACCCCUAGCCCUUUGUCACAUUCCUGAAAAAUCCUUAAAAGGGGGAACCCCUGGCCUUUCCGUGUGCACCUCUGUCUGAGGUCGCCCAUGCUUUCUGAGUGCAUAGCCCUAAACUUCCUCUCUUCAACCUUUCAGGCGCUCCUCUCUGAGGUCACCCGCAUUUUUUAAGUGCAUAACCUUUUGGCCUUAAGACAUUUUCCCAACCUUUCAGGGCACUUCUCCUCCAUGAGGUUGCCUGCACUUUUUCUCUCUUUAAGUAACUUGAAAUAAAACUUUUACUCUGUUUCA